AUGAGUGAAAAGGUUUCUUAUAGGAUCCCCCUUGAUGAUUUAAAGUUGGAAGGUCAACAAUUUUCUUCAAAAGAUGACAUUAAGUCUUGGCUACAGGAUAUUCUAUUACGGACCAAGGGCAUUCACAUUGUCAUAGAAAGAUCCGAUGCCACCAAGAUAAUAUUCAGAUGUAAAAACAAGGAAAAGAAGACGAAAAUUAUUGAAUCAAAGAAUAAGAACACAAAGAUACCAAUACGACGUCACACAAGCUGCCCUUUCAAGAUUAGAGCUAAUCUCAGUACGAGACUGAGGACAUGGACUAUACUGGUCAUGGAUGAUCGACAUGAUCAUGUUGUGGACGGUCACGGAGGGGGAAAUUCUCUGCCAAAGCUGCAAGUACAACAAGAGCUACCACCUUAUAUUUCCCAAGAGGAACAACAACAGCAACCGCCACCGUCACUUUCUUCCUUAGGACCAGGGAUGCAUUUGAGCAAGAGUAAUAUGGAUAAGAAGUCAAAAAUGGAAUCAACUGCAAAGAAUGAUGAUAAGAAUUGUUCAAGCAAUACCGACCAAAGCUCUUCAGUGUCCGCUUUUUCCAAUAGAAGUACUGAUGAGUUCAGGGAUAGUCCACCUACUUCUCUAAACCUGAUUGGAGAAGACGCGUCAACGGGUACAGAUGAGACGUCAACCUCUGGAAACUCUGUUUCCAGCUCGAUUAGUUUGCCCAAGAAACGAAAGUUUCACUCCACAAAAGACUCGAACAGGAGCAAGAAGCAAGAAGUGCUGUCGGCACCAACGCUUGAAAUUCCACAAGCUGCGCGUAAAUCCAUUUCUAAACGUGAUCUGAAGAAGAAUAUAGAUACAGGAAAGAAACCACGGAAGAAAUCUGCUCAUGAUCCAAUGCAACAACUAUCACCGCAACAGAGCCAGCUGACUACCAAGUCACCCAGAGAUUUACUGACAACUGGCCACCAUGGCACAGAGACUUCACGUUCUUACCAAGACCAGCAAAAUGGGCAAAUUGACCAACCUAAAUUCUCCCCUUCACAAGUCAAGGCUCAAGUACUACCAAUUCCCAAGCCUCAAUCACAAACUCAAUCCUUGUAUGCUAUACAGGCUUUGCAAAAUGAAGUACGGCAAAAAAUUAAAUACUACAUUUUAGACAAUAGAAAUAUCACUGAUAAUCAAAAAACGGCGAUGUUAGAUUCAUUUGUUUCGCAAUUGUUGAUUGAGUAUAGAAAUGCCUUCAGCCCACAGUUUUUGGAUUCAUUGAGACAAAAUUUGUAUGGGAGAGAAAAUACAAAUGGUAACGGGGUUGCCCCUGGAGGCUCAAACACUCCAGUGGAGAGAGCAAAUUUUCAACAGAGUGGACCAAUCACCCAACCUCCCUUGAACAAGAAGGCAACAUUGAACAAUUGGUUGCUUAGUAGCUUAGGUGAUUCUUCAGGGUCAGGAUUACCGAGUUCUUCAAUCCCAUUAUCACCAUUGUUGAAUGAUAAUGAAAGUGUUUAUGCAGCAGCAGCGGCAGCAGCAGCGGUAGAUGGAGCUGACGGUCUACCUAGCAGCUCCUUGGAAAAUAUGUUGCCGGCACCGUCAAUCAAUGGCCAAACUUCAAAUGGGUUGAGUUAUUCCAAUCAAGGCAAUGGUCAGUUGUCACAAAUACAAAAUCAAGGGCAACAGUUACCUCCCAUCAACAGUAUACAGAAUAAGAUUCCGUCUAGUGGUGAAAUCAGCUCGAGUGGGAAUCUAAAUCUGGAUUCGCAAUCAUCGACUAAUAAUAUGUUGAACAGUCUAGGUACCCCUGGCACUUCCUUUGGAAUGGGAGGUGGUUCUGGAUUAGGUGUUAAUUUUGGUCCAUCAAAUGGGUCAACGAAUGCACCAACAAACGGUUCUACUAGAAAUAGUGGCACUUUUUCCAACCCAGCAAAUUCCCUAUCGUCAUCAUCGUUUUUUGGAAAUGUGGCAACAGGGAAUGGUUCGUUGAUGCCGCCAUUAAAUCCAGCUGCAUCGACGUUGAACCCUUCACAUAUUCUCAAGAAUGGGGUUGGCAAUAACACGAACGGGUUGAGCAACAAUACCAAUGGGUUGACCAAUAAUCUGAUGAUGAGUAGCCAUAGUCAUAAUUCACAGGCCAAUAAUGCCAAUCCCUCAAGUUUGACUCCACUUAGUUUCAACCCUGGAAAGAAUGCAAACGCUCAUUUAUUCAUGACUUCAAAUUCAUCACAACUUGGUGCUUAUAAUAACAAUAGCAAUAAUAAUAACCAGUAUUUAUUUGCAUCACCAUCUACUGGCUCAUCUAAUCAAAUUAAUGGAAACAGCGAUAAAGAUCAAGGAAUUAUGUUGAAUAACUUAUCAAAUUAUGAUUCGGGAUGGUGA